AUGGACAAUAGUUCCUCUGUCAGUGACAAUGUUGUGCUGGAAGAAUUAGGACACCCUGAAUCAUUUGCAGAUGCUGUAUUUUUCACACUGCUCUUUGUAUAUAUUGCACUGCUGAUAACCAAUUUUGGUGUUCUUGUUAUCAUCAUUAGAGAGAAAAGCUUACACCAACCCAUGUACUUGCUAUUUUGCAAUUUGUCAGUGAAUGAUAUCCUUGGUAAUACAAUCAUACUGCCUCGUCUACUGUAUGACACGAUUUCUAAAGACAGAUUAAUUUCCUAUAAUGCCUGUGUUACACAGGUAUUUUUCAGUCACACAUAUGGCUCUGCUUCACACACCAUACUAAUCAUAAUGGCUAUUGAUAGAUAUGUCGCUAUAUGUAAUCCAUUGCGAUACAGUGCAAUAAUGACAACAAAAGCAGUUGUGACCUUGUCUGUGUCUGCCUGGGCUGCAGCACUUGUAUUAGUCGGUGUAUUAGUGGGCCUCAGUCUCAGGUUGUCUCGCUGUAAAUCACUUAUUUCAAAUUUCUAUUGUGACAAUGCAUCCUUGUUUAAGUUAUCUUGUGAAGAUGUGUCUGCCAAUAAUAUCUAUGGACUGUUUUACACUGUGGUGCUAUUAUCCUCUUCAAUGGGUACUGUCGCUAUCACUUACAUUAGAAUUGCUGUUGUAUGCAUGACUAAGAAAAAUGCAGAACUCAAUAGCAAAGCAAUCCAAACAUGUGCAAGUCAUUUAGUUGUGUAUCUGAUAAUGUUGCUGACAGGAUACAUUGCUAUAAUCAUGCAUCGGUUUCCAGAGCACAGACUUUUAAGAAAGCUCAUUAUUAUUCUUUUUCAUGUUAUACCAGCCCAUUUAAAUCCAAUUAUCUAUGGCCUACAGACUAAACAUUUAAGGCUGAAAAUCUUGCAGAUAUUUGCUAGAAAAAUCAGUCACAGUUAG